CCUUCGUCUAUCCAUUUCAUCUUUGACUCUCUCUCUCUCCGUGGCGAUGGAAUGCCUCAGGAAUCCUUUCCUCUUCCCCUUGCCUCCGCCACAGAAUCCAAUCUCCCCGCCGCCGGCCACCAUCAAGCGCCGCCCUAGGUUGCUCGAACUCACCCCACCCGUCCGGUCCUCCAUCUCAUCGGACCCGUGGAGCCUCAGCGACGGGAAUUCCCGCAAGAUCCGAACCCUCCCCUACCGGCGUCACCCGCGGAAGCCGCUCUCCGACGAUGACGCCCGCCGCAUCAUCCACGCCAAGGCGCAGUACCUCAGCCGCCUCCGCCGCAACCAGGGGAGCGGCGCGCAGACCCCUCGGUGGAUCCGCCGUACCCCGGAGCAGAUGGCCCAGUUGAUUGAGGAUGACAGAGAUGGGAAUUUGUACGGGAGGCAUGUGGUUGCGGCGAUACGGAAAGUCCGUGCGCUGGCCCAGCUCCCAGACGGGUCGUAUAACAUGCGGGAGGUGAUGGGAUCGUUUGUGACGAAGCUGAGCUUCAAAGAGAUGUGCACUGUACUCAAGGAGCAGCGCGGGUGGCGCCAAGCUAGGGACUUCUUUGCAUGGAUGAAGCUGCAGCUAUGCUACAGACCUAGUGUUAUUGUCUACACUAUUGUUCUGAGAAUAUAUGGGCAAGUUGGCAAGAUUAAACUUGCUGAACAGAUUUUCUUGGAGAUGCUUGAAGUGGGUUGUGAACCGGAUGCAGUUGCUUGUGGAACUAUGCUUUGUACAUAUGCUAGGUGGGGAAGGCAUAAAGACAUGAUGUUAUUUUAUUCUGCCGUGCGCAGGAGAGAUAUUUUACCCUCUAUUGCUGUUUUUAAUUUCAUGGUUUCCUCUUUGCAAAAGCAGAAGCUGCAUGAAAAGGUUAUCCGGCUAUGGAAGCAGAUGUUGGAUGAUGCAAUAGAGCCCAACCGUUUUACUUAUACAAUUGUUAUAGCCUCCUACGUCAAGGAGGAACAACUGGAGGAUGCUCUUGAUAUUUUUCAGAAAAUGAAAAAAGCUGGUUUUGUGCCUGAGGAGGCUACACAUGGCCUCCUCAUUUCUUUAAGUGCUAAAAAUGGCAAAGGGGAUAUGGCUUUACAAAUUUAUGAAGAGAUGAAAUUGUUGAAAAUUGUACCAAGUAACUAUACUUUAGCUUCACUAUUGACAUUGCAUUACAAAACUGCUGAUUACUCAAAAGCUCUAGAUCUUUUUUCUGAAAUGCAAAGAAACAAAGUUCUCCUUGAUGAGGCCAUAUAUGGAAUUCUCAUCAGGAUAUAUGGAAAACUGGGCCUAUAUGAGGAUGCACUAAAAACAUUUGAGGAUGUUGAAAAAAUAAGUGCUCCAAGUGAUGAAAAAACGUAUGUGGCUAUGGCUCAUGUUCAUCUUAAUUUUGGAGAGUACGAGAAAGCUAGAAAAGUUAUUGAGCUUAUGAAAUCCAGAGAUGUUGAGCUGUCAAAGUUUUCAUAUAGUGUUUUACUUCGCUGUUAUGUGUUCUUAGAGGAUGUGGUUUCUGCCGAAGUUACUUUCCAGAUGUUAUCUAAGACGGAGCUUCCUGAUGCAGUUUGCUGCAGUGACUUACUUAGACUUUAUGUAAAGUUGGGCCUCCUUGAAAAGGCCAAGUCUUUAGUUUCACAUCUAAGACAAUCGGAAAUACAGUUUGAUGAAGGUCUUUAUAAGGCCAUUUUGGAAGUAUAUUGCAAAGAUGGAAUGAUAGACGAGGCUGAAAAUUUGGUAGAAGAAAUGGAAGGUGUUGGCUUGAACAUAGAUAAAACCGUAAGGACAUCAAUGAUGGCAAUGUAUGGUGAAGUUGGAGGAAUUCAAAAAGCAGAACACUUGUUGAAGAAGCUAGAUGAACCAGAUUUUGUAGCACUUAGUGUAAUUCUUUGUCUGUACCUAGAAAAUGGUGACACUGAAAAAUCCAAAAACAUUCUGAAAUCUUUGUGUCUGAUGGAAGCUGGUGUAUCUUCUGCCAACCAGCUGAUUUGUAAAUAUGCAAGGGAAGGGAGAAUAGUUGAAGCUGAAACCUUGUAUAAGCAGAUUUCUGAGAUAGGCUAUAAGCCUGACAAUUCAGCUAUUUCUUCUAUGAUUACUCUUUAUGGACGAUUCCACCAACUGAAACAAGCUCAAGAAGUAUUUGCCUCAAUAUCACACUCUUCAAAUUCUGUAGACGCUGUUUACAAUUCCAUGAUAGAUGUUUACUGCAAGUCCGGAGAAAUCACUGCAGCAAUACAGCUGUAUGAAGAAAUGAUUAGCAAAGGCUAUACUCAGGAUGCUGUUUCUAUCAGCAUACUUGUCAAUACUUGUACUAAGAAUAGAAAAUAUCAGGAAGCAGAAAGGAUUAUUGAGUACAAUUUUACUAGGGAUGUGGAACUCGAUACUGUAGCCUACAAUACUUUUAUCAAGGCAAUGCUAGAAGCAGGUAAGCUACAUUCUGCACUGAGCAUAUACAAUCGCAUGAUUUCAUCUUGUGUUCCUCCAUCUCUUCAAACAUACAACACGAUGAUCAGUGUGUAUGGUCAAAAGGGGAAGUUAGAAAAGGCCAUUGAGAUGUUCCAUACCGCACAAGGAUUGGGUUUGCCAAUAGAUGAGAAGGCCUACACCAACAUAAUUAGCUAUUAUGGAAAAGCUGGUAGGAUUGAAGAGGCAUUGCAGUUAUUUGAAAAAAUGAAGGAAGUUGGAAUACAACCUGGAAAGAUUAGUUAUAAUACAAUGAUUAAUGUCUAUGCCACUUCUGGACUCUAUUUGGAAGCAAAAAAUCUUUUCCAAGAGAUGCAGACGGCUGGGCAUUUUGCAGAUUCUCUUACAUAUCUUGCGCUCAUCAGAGCUUGUACAGAGAGUAAGAAGUAUUCAGAAGCAGAGAAAACUAUUCGUAGGAUGCUGGAGGAAGGAAUCACUCCGUCAUCUGCUCAUUUUAACUAUUUAAUCUUUGGCUUUAUAAAGGAUGGAUUUGUGUCAGAAGCAGAAAGAGUUGUUGCAGAAAUGAAGCUGACAGGUUUGAAUCCUGAUUUGGCAUGUUGUAGAACCAUGAUGAGAACAUAUAUGGACUAUGGGCUUAUUGAGGAAGGUCUCUCCUUCUUCGAAACCAUUAAUGGGUUUCUAAAGCCUGAUGGAUUUAUUUUAAGUGCUGCUGUCCAUCUUUACGAAUUCGCUGGAAGGGAAUCUGAAGCAGGGGAUGCUCUAGACACAAUAAAUCUAUGUGGGCUCUUAUUUCUAAGAAACCUGAGAAUUGGAUCAAAAACACAACCUUAAUCUAUCAAUAUGAUGCUGUGGAAGUUAUCAGCAUUUGGAAGUAAACAUUAGCCAGGUGCUAAAGGAUAAUAAAGAUUGUGACUCAAGUCCAAGUACAACAACAAACCUGAGAGCUGGAUGAAAGACUCCGUAGCUUAAUUUGGCAUCUGAUGAUUAAGGAAGAUGGUCAGAAACUGGUCAGUGAAUGUCUACCAGAUGCUAAAAAAAUGGUCAGAAUCUGGGAAUAAAGUUAUAGAAGCUACCUCUAACAACCGACAGAGAUUAUGGCUCGGAAAGUACAAUCACAGAUGUUUAAUUCAUGAUCGAGGUUUGUGAGGUUUGUCUUGGUCGCACACUGUAUCAUUUUUUCUUGGUUCGACAUAGAAACAGCAUUGGCAUUCACCAGGUACAAGAUUUACAUAAUGAAACUGGUGUUCUUUUUAGUUGCAUAUGCUCCCUUUAUAUUAUGAUUUGUCGGUCAAGAUGCAGUGAGAAUAGCUUGUGUGCUUGCAAAGAGGUAAAUUUUCAGAACGCUCGAGCGAGAUACAAUUUUCAGAACGCUCGAGUGAGAUACUAUGAAGCUGCAGGACUGUUGCUUCCAAACUUGGAAUUUGUAGCAGCAUUAGAUACUUGAAAUAGAUUUGUACGUCACCUGCAAACAGAUUGCGGCCUUGAGGAUGGAUCAAUUAAAUUCCUGAUGUACUAUAGUUGAUUUUAUUGUAAAUCUAUCAGGCUUUUUUUUCCUUGUUUAUGUAACAAGAAAUACAUACAAUUAAUAGGAGCCUGGUUCUUUAUUAUUUUUA